CACUAAUUUAACUAUAUUUAUCAUAAUAUUGUUUGUUUUCUAGGUCUUAUAAUAACAAUAACGAAAAUUUCUAAUCUUUUUCAUACAAAUUGCAUACCUAUUGGGUCGCCCUGCCCCGACUCAUGACCCGUGAUAAAUUACCCGACCUGCUAUAGGCGGGUCUGGGUACUGAGAAACCCGGCCGGGACCUACCCCAUUGCCAUUCCUAGUCACUAGGAAGAUGGGGCGUUACUUGUAAGACAAUCCACCCCACCGUGCGUCGCUGCGACUGACGAUAACGUAAAAGAAUAGACAUUCUGAAAAGUCUUUGCUUUUACCCCACCGUCCAAACGCCGACCGACGGAGCCUGCGAUUUGGGUAUCACGUCCAAGUCCAAGUCUCCAGACAGAAACUACCUCCAUUAUCUCCGCCGGAUUCGCUUCAGAAAUAUGCCAAACACAAGCGCACGAAGCCAUACCGAACCAAUACAACACUGACAAUCAAAAACCGAUCCCGUCAUUUGAUUCGCAAACCCCAAAUGUAAUUUAGACAAUCAUCAUGACAAUACCAUCAUCAAAAUAGUACAAAGGAACAGAAAUCCAUCAAGAUCCAAAGUAAACAUCAAUCAAACUCCCAUUCUUUUUUUUCCUUUUCACACAGUGAUCCACUUCAUCUUAAGCUACUUAAUAAUGUCGGACAGUUUCGUAUUAGAUGCCCGGAGGAUGGAUAUAAAUAACAAAGAGAAUGAAAGAAGGUGAUUUAAAGACCCUGAUCGAUGAGAUAAUCCCCGAGCCUUUCCACUAUAAUGUUGCACUGCCCUGGAGACAUUGGCUCGUCAUAGAUGCCGAUGACCAAUGCCAGACUGGUCUUCUUCACCGUCACUCCUCCAGCUCCCUGAAAAUUUCAGCAAGGAAAAGCUUUAGCAGAUGGAUUAACAUGAGAUGAACUUUCAAAUGUAAGAUGCAAUGUACAAUCGCGCAGCAAUGAACCCGCUUGAUCGAAACGGACUACAAUGCUAUCAACCAUCCAAUAGAAAAAGGUAAGGUAUGGUUCCAGAGAAGUAAAGAGUGUCAAGUAAUUUCAAAAGUCAAUGAUCUCGAAAUGGACUACCGGAAGCAAAACCCACAAAACCAUUUGACAGAUUUUAGAAAAGACUCCUACGAAACUAAUGAAGGCGCAAUAGAGAUGCUACAAAGAGUUGAUCAUCACCUUCUUCCCUCGAAUGACCGCUCCAGGCUCGCCUUGAAUCACCAUGUACUUUGUGCCUCCAAGGUACAACCCAGUGGGUGCAAGGGUACCAGGCUCAUUGAAGUCAUUCAUGAUACCAGUAAUUUCCUCAGGCUUGAACUGAUGAAACGGAACAUCAAAAACAGAUCAGCAAAACCUUCGAUCCAAUAAAGCCACAAGUAGCAGAGCGUCCCUCCAAGUCAAUGAAAAGAAAGCACAGAAAUGACUAAUAGUGUAAAGCAAAAUCCCACAAGACCCAGUACAAUCUAAACCCUCCCAAACCAAGAGAGAUCCGCGAGCUCAAUACCCAGAUCGAGAAACAUUAAGCUCAGGACACGAAAAUAUAAACUUGAAGAGAACCCAAUUCAAAUGAAGCGAAGGUCAAGCAGGAUCCCCCGGCUUUCUCGUCUCGCGCACACCCAAUCAGUUGCAAUCAGGAAUCAGAUCACGGGAGCAAGAACAGCAACACGACCCCAAAUCCAACGAAUCAAACUUGUGUGAAUCAGAAUCGAAGCAAAGGGAAGUAAAAGAAAACCUGAGGGAAGGUGGCGCUCUGGGCCCAGACGCUGCCGUCGUGGCCGAUGAUGGCUGCGGCGGAAAGGUGGUUGCCCUCGAUUUCGCACAUGAGAUGGUCAUCGACGUAGGUCUGCCACGACAUCUUGGCGGAGCUCUGCUUGGCGGAGAACUAGGAAGAAGGUUCUGGACCUGGGUUGAGAGCUGAAAAGGGGCGUGGUUUGGGGCGCUGAAGGUGGGCGUUUGGCCUUAAGAGGAAAGAGGGUAGCACGAGAUUUAGAGAGAGAGAGAGAGAGAGAGAGAGAGAGAGAAGGGGUUGGUUUCUGUGUAUUUUCUUAUCUGUGAAGACAGCAGAGACUGGGCGCACAUAUUGCGUUGAAUCGACGGGACCCCUUAUAUACUACUCUCGACCGAGUAAUCUUUUUUAAUUUGCGGUAUUAGUAAGUCACAUGAAUUUCACUUCUUAUCUUAUAAAUUAAUAAUAAUAUUUUAGUUAUGUUUAAAUAAUUUUUAAAAUUUUAA